AUGGGAACCUUUGAUUAGGAAAUCUUUCUCGAGCGGAGAGUCAGGGCCUGGUCUGAAAUUUGCGUCCACGCGCAAUAGAUAGCGGACCGCGGUCGACGCACGGCAUUUGGCGGCGGCCGUGGCAGGCAUAAGGUAAGACAUUCCACAGGCAAGGCGGCCAUCCAAAUUUACGGACCACAGGUCGGGGUGGAGGAGAACGGUUAUGUGCUCAAUGUUUCUCCAUUUCCCUCUUUUGAGACGAAGAAAGAGGUCUGGGGUGGUAGACCCUCCUAGACUUAUUGUGUUUCUGUACGUCGAGAUGCUUGGUAUGCUCCCACGGUUCUCAAAAGGCUGUGCCCGUCAAGACGGCACAUGUUCGAGAGAGCCUGCUUGGCCGAAGGAACGACGAGACAGGCAAGCCGAGAGAAAAACAUUCGGCUGGUCUCUGGCGCCAUUGCUGUUGCUAUUGCUCUUGCCGCAUUGCAAGUGCUCCCUGUGCAUCCGCGAAUGGAUGGAGACGCCCAACGAAUCGAUUGCCUUUUUGGCACUGUCAAAGCGCGGCCCAGGGAGACGGAUGGCAUACGUCAGUCCGAGUUGGAAAUUGCUCCUUCGCAAGGUGAUUCGGCGUCAUUCUUCUACACGCAGAUCACAUGUAUACGGCCCAUGCAUGAGUGGACUCGGUGGUGGAUAAAAAAGGGUGAAAUCCCUCCACCCUCGUCUUACAGGCCCCCUCGUCUGUAUGGGUUUGGAUGUCUGACUUGGCCUGGGAGCCGG